AAAAUUAAGAAAUCAAACGUCAAGAGAUGUUUCUUUUAGUUCUUCUACUUGCUGCUCUUAGUGCCAGCACCACCAUGGCUGCUCACAAAGUCACUGUGAUCAACAAAUGCCAGCAGAAGUUCACCAUGCAGGUUCCUGGUCGAGGGAUAGUGAGCUCUGGGGGAGGAGGGAGUUGGUCUUACAAUGGAGACGUCAGAGGUGUCAUUGCGUCCGUCGGGAACAAUUGCGAUGUCAAUGGUGUCCCGUGCACCGCCGCCGAGUUCUCGCUCGUCUCAGGCAUAACCUCUGCCGACAUUACUCUGAUUCCACCCCACCGAUACAACCACUCCUUGCGUAUCACGCUUACCAACGGUAAAUCAAAAGCCUGCAACAGCGCCGGCUGUCCAGGCGCUUUCCACCAGGACGGAAACGACGGGCUUUACCAAAUCCAAGAAUCUAAUAACCCCAACUCGGGGAUCAAACUCGAAUUCUGUUACUAG